CGUUCCCUUGGCAACGCAGUACACAAGUGCUAGCCUCGGCGGCGCGCGAUGUGCUUCCUCAAGUUGGGUGCGGGGGAUAAGUACUCCUUUGGAACACGUCAGCACAGGAAGCUCUUUCCUCACUACCAUCCCCCAAACUUGUUUGGGAACAAGUUUCUCCCCCUUAGGGGAUCGCCCCAUAUAGGGCCUGGGUGUUACAUACCAGAAGAUAGCUAUGGCUUGGCAUACAACUUAUCUAGGAUCCCAACCAGUGUAAAAGGAUAUGCUUUAGGAGCCAGAACAGCUGUGAGGUUUAAGCCAAUCAACAAGGAUGUGACACCUUACCCAGGCAUGUACCAGAGAGUAAGUCCUCAGAAGGAACAACACAAACAAAGUUUUGCUCCAUUUAAUGUCCUGGUACCUCGAUUUGGGAGCUACUCAAAAGACAUUUAUUGUCCCGGCCCUGGCACGUACAAUCCAGAGAUGAAGCCACUUCCCAAAAUUGCUUGGCCAAUGAGAUUUGGGUCUCCUGACUGGGCUCAGGUUCCACGUCUACAGAAAAGAACCUUUAAAACUGAGCUGUCCACAGACAAAGACUUUAGAAAGCAUCGGAACCGUGUGGCCUACCUAAGCCUGUUUUACAGCUGAGAAGCGGUGACUACCUUCACGUGCUCCUCCUGAAAACAGAGUCUCCAGGAUUGAAGACAGAGCUGCUCUUCUCCUUGUGUAUUGCUGUGCCCUCUUGUCUGCCAGCGUGGGGCCCAGGGCGGGGCCGGGGCUCGCAGCUACUGUAGGAAAGCAUAAAGAGUAGUACAGAGUGCU